AUGCCCCGGAUGCUGCGCGUCGUCGCCGAGGCCAUGCCGAAGGGGUUGAAGGCCACCGAGGAGCUGCAGAAACGAUUGCGAGAAGACGACCAGAAGCGGCUGUACCCCUCGCCGGUAUACGCUGGCCUACGCGACGAGCUAUUUUCCGAUUCCUCGUCGUACAUUGGGGAAUCGGACCUGGAGAGCAUGGUCGACCACGAGGACCGGGACAACGUCUUCGAGGAGGGCGAU